CUCUUCCUGUGUUACCGCCCUUGGGCUGAGUGAGAAAUCAAGCGCUGGAGAAAUCGCGUUCACUGGGGAAACUGGUGUUAUUUGGAGAUUCCUCGCCUAGGUCCGAUUAGCCUCAGUGUUUGUCUUCAGGUAGCCUCUCCGUGGUCUGGAGCAGUGAACCCGAGAAGGAACAGUGUGGCUGUGGUCUGCUUCUCAGUGUUGCUUAGCAAACUAUAGCUGGCACCAUGGCGUUGUCGUACAAGAAGGACUUGGACAAGUACAAGGAUCUCGACGAAGAUGAAAUCCUCAACAAACUGUCGGCAGAGGAGCUCAAACAGCUGGAGACAGCCCUCGAGGAGAUGGAUCCUGAGAAUGCUCUUCUGCCAGCGGGUUUACGCCAGAAGGACCAGACGACCAAGACGGUCACAGGCCCAUUCGACAGGGAACGUCUGCUCAAGUACCUGGAGAAGGAAGCCAUGGAGUACAAGGACAGAGAGGAUGUAGUUCCCUUCACUGGAGAGAAAAAAGGUAAAGUGUUUGUUCCGAAGCAGAAACCAAUAGAAACACGCCAGGAAGAAGUGACAACCCUCGAUCCAGAAUUAGAGGAAGCCCUGUCCAGUGCCACAGAUACAGAACUGUGUGAUCUAGCAGCGAUCCUGGGUGUUCACACGCUGGUCACUAGUAGUCAGACAUAUGAUGGGACUGGAACUAAAGAGGGUUACAACAAUGUGAUCAAAGGGGAGAAGAUGAAUCCAGUGUUUGAUGAGCCUCCAAAUCCCACUAAUGUAGAAGAAACUCUACAGAGGAUAAAAAACAAUGACAGCUCCUUAACAGAAGUCAACCUCAACAACAUCAAGAACAUUCCCAUUCCCACCCUGAAGGACUUCGCCAAAGCCAUGGAGAAGAACACGCAAGUCAAGAAGUUCAGCCUGGCAGCAACGCGGAGUAACGACCCAAUUGCUGUGGCGUUCAGCGACAUGCUGCGGGAGAACAAGACAUUGCGGAGUUUGAACUUGGAGUCCAACUUUAUUACCGGGGCAGGGGUGCAGGCUUUGAUUGAUGCAUUGCGAGACAAUGACACACUCACAGAGAUCAAGAUAGACAACCAGAGGCAGCAGCUGGGCACUACUGUAGAGAUGGAGAUAGCUAAGAUGUUGGAAGAGAACAACAGCAUAGUGAAGUUUGGCUACCACUUCACCCAGCAAGGGCCUCGCUCCAGAGCUGCCGCAGCUAUCACCAAGAACAACGACCUGGUCCGCAGGAGGCGAGUGGAAGGGGACCUGUAGGAGCAGAGCCCAACCUGUCUCCUGGCCAAUCCUGUUUUAUCAUCUCACUAUGUGGAAUAAUUUCAGCCAAUGCCCUGGUCUCAUCUCACUGUGUGGAAACUUUAGUCUUGUGCCAAACUGUGGGGCAAGGCGCGCUUAUCAAGAACAAACAUCCGAGAAGAAGGGAAAUAACUGGAAUUGCCCUCUCCCAUACAUAUGUUCAUACUUUUGUUUGUUAUUGUGUUGUUAUUGAAGGUGUAAAUCUGAUUAGUUUUUAGUCAUUUCAUUUCAGCUGCUCCUUUUUUUGAGCCUUUAUAUGGUUUGUCCAGACUUUUUACUUGCUUUUUUUUUCCUUUUAUACUAUGCUGUAAGCAUGUGAAAUAAAAAUGAACAUUACCAAGUAACAGGAACAACAAUAACAGCUUUGUAAAAAGAACCAACAACUAACAUCAAGAAAACCCUGAAUUCGCUACCAUGAUAGUUUGUGAUUGAGGCUUAAGCAUCCAGUGGAAUUCCUGUGUUGAACCAGCAGAAGUUGUCAUUAGAACAAUGGUAAUCGCUCUGAGGCAAUGACUACUAGUCUGCAAACCUUGUGUGACUGUACCGCUGUCUGUUACCAUGUAAUAACCAGCAGCAUGGCGUACUAAUGAUGAGAUCAUAGUGGUACAUUUCAUGAGCAGUGGGAUUUGCAGGUGUUGUUUGUCGGAGUUGCCUUGUAAAGCCAGCGUGACAGUCGGGCUGCUGUGUGUAAAAGUUGGAGUGUGCAAGAAGUUUCUUAGUUAGUGCCGGCCUUAUGUAGUCAGCUUAAGAGAGGAUGCUUAACUUCAGAGUCUGCUAAAGGCAACAUACUGUUGGCUCAUGCCCUCAUAUAAUACUGUAAGUAUCAGUGCAUAAUGUUUUGUAUUGCUUCACAGUUUUAUUCUAACCGAAUAUCUUGUUUUGAUACAGUUCAAAUUCUGAUAUUGACUGGAUAUAUCUCUAAACAGGAAAUUAUAACUCGACUUUGGUGUUUUGGAUCAAGUAAAACUGGGAUUGUACUGUAAAACGAACAGGAUAUUAAAUCCAUUCUAGACUGAGGAGGCUUUGACUUGCUCUCACAAAUAAUGUUAGAAAUGUCUCCUCAGCAUGCUGAGUUUCUCUGAUGUUUAACCAUGCCAAAGACUAACACAUGCAGUGCUUAAAGUUUCAAUAUUAGACCUAGUGGUUAUUGGUUCAGGUUUUGGCUUUGUCAGCUACCGUCACCUCCUCACAGUACCAGCCUGGGAAAGGAGUCUGUGGGUUAACAACAAUGAUCGAGGCUUUUUUUUUUUUUUUUUUUUUUUUUUUUUUUUUUUUUUUUUUUUUUAACCACACCAUUACAUUCCUUUUUGUGGGCCGUUUAUAGAAAAAUGUUCUGCAAGUAGUUCAGCUAGAUGGGAGAAUGAGUUGGCAAACAGUUUGUGUGAAACUUCUCAGUUUUACUUCUCAGGUUGCGACUACUUGUGAAAUGUUUCUAUGAACAUCACUUCUUAGAAGGUCCUGUACAGAUCUUACAUUUUACUCCUCCAACUUCCUCUCCAGCGCUUUCACUUGACUUUCAGCAGCAUCUGAGCAGUAGCAUGUCAUUCAAUACGUAACAGGUAACGUGCUGUGUGUACCUCAAACGGAGCUUCCUUAGGUACACUGACCUGCUUGAGAUGGGAAUAACAGGACUAAUUCAGGAGUUACUUGAAACUUGUAUAUACUGUUUAUGUGUAAUAGGAACAAUAUGCUGGCAUGACGUCAUCACUUGUGAACAUCAUGUUUCUAUCGACCAAAAAUGUUCUUUCAUUUUAACAGCCUCACAUUCCUGGGACAAGAGUUCUAUGUUUUAUAUCUGUGUAUUUCUUCCAUGACCAUGUCUGCAAGUAUUUCCUCUUGAACCUAUUUGUUUUUACAUCACUGUGCUUUCCUGGUGGGCAGUCAGCUAAAGUGGAAAACUGCUUCUUUUCUUGGGCUUGUUAAUAAUAUUCUGUGUGUAAUACUGUAUGUAUAUUAAUUGUAAAAUGCCAUCUCAAAUUCAAAGUGCGCGCACACACACACACACACACACACACACACACACACACUUUUACGUGUGUACCACAUAAAUCUACACAACUCACUGCUGAGAUUUUUUUUUUGUACCUAAAAUCAAAACCCAGGUGUAGACUCAACAUAAGGAAUAUGUACUAUUAUAAAACCACGAGACUGGUAAAAACGCACUGCUGAAUAUAAGACAUCCUCAACAAUAAAUGUUUUUACAUAC